CGAAUCUUCUUCAAAAUUCGAUUCCUUUUCACUUCGGCAGGCAACAGAACAAUGUAGUCGACAAGAGCUUCAUCUUUCUAUGGUUCUUUAAGAUUCAAAGCUGACCGGAUUCAGUUUUAGUUCAUUUUUCUCUAGAUUGGCCUCUCUCAUUCAUAUGAACCCGCCAAUACAACUGCCCCAUUAUCGUAUAGCUGUUAAAUUCUAUGUCUUUGUACAUACUUGUGUACUUUUUCAUUUUCAAGUUUUAGGGUUUUAUUAAUAUUUUUUUAUGUAUAUUUGGUGUAUCAGUAGUUGUUACUUGUUAGUUUAGUUAGGUUUGAAGAUACGAAUAGGGACAUAUGAAUACAUCAUUAUUUAUUAUAGUUGGCUAUGUGUUUUGCUUGUGCUGUUGUGGGUUUCGGAAUUUUAGUGUGAACAGGGUCUUAUUGCUUGAAAUUGUGAGUUGUGUUGAUAUUUGCUGAAAUUGGAGUCUGGGUAGUUUGGAAUUAUGCCAUUUUUGGUGAUUUCGGGUAGGAUUGUUUUUGGGUAGUGCAGAACUUCUUAAAGUUUUUGGUUGUUUUCUGUGGGAUCACUAUCUGGCCGUGUCUCCAUGUGCUUGAUAGAAGGGGCAGUUGUAUUGACAGACUCACUUGAAUGAGAGAGAUAGAAAGGCCUGUGAUAGUCAGAUCAUGAGCUCACAUUCUAUCCUUUUCUCCUCCAGGAGUUGAGGAACCUCCUUAUGCUCCUGGACCUCUUUUUGUUGAUCUGUCCAACAACUUAACAUCGAUAUCUUAUUGUACCAAAUUUCCUUCUGGGAUGGAUUCAAACGAAUACACCACACUUCCUGAUUCCAGCCACGUGAUACAUGGAUCCCAUGGGGUUGGCUCAGAGGGGUUUGGCGUGUCCCAAAUAGCAAUUAGUGAUGAAGAUGCUAGAUUGAUAUAUAUAAAUAAUCCUGCAAAGACUAAUGAAAGGUUUGAAUUUGCUGGAAAUUCAGUAAGGACAGGAAAAUACUCCAUUCUUACCUUCCUGCCUCGGAACCUGUUUGAACAGUUCCAUAGAGUUGCAUAUGUAUACUUUCUUGUCAUGGCUAUCCUUAAUCAGCUUCCCCAGUUGGCUGUUUUUGGUCGGGGUGCUUCAAUUCUUCCAUUAGCUUUUGUACUAUUUGUUUCUGCAGUCAAGGAUGCCUAUGAAGACUAUAGGCGGCACAGGUCUGACACGAUUGAGAACAAUCGGCUGGCAGUAGUUUUGUCAAAUGGUCAUUUCCAACAGAAGAAAUGGAAGGAUAUAAGGGUAGGUGAAAUCAUCAAAAUCUCUUCAAGUGAAACUAUUCCUUGUGAUAUGGUGCUGCUCUCAACAAGUGACACUACUGGAGUUGCAUAUGUCCAGACAAUGAAUUUGGAUGGGGAAUCAAAUUUAAAAUCACGAUAUGCAAAACAGGAAACACAAAUAAAAUUUUCAAGGAUGGAGAACAUUGGUGGGCUGAUUGAAUGUGAGAAGCCCAAUAGAAACAUUUAUGGCUUUCAGGCCAACAUGGAAAUAGAUGGAAAGCGUGCUUCGCUUGGACCUUCCAAUAUUAUUCUCCGUGGUUGUGAGCUCAAGAAUACUGAUUGGGCAAUUGGGGUUGCUGUAUAUACCGGCAGAGAAACAAAGGCCAUGCUCAACAGCUAUGGAGCUCCAUCAAAGAGGAGCCGUAUUGAGACUCGUAUGAAUCGGGAAAUCAUAUUCCUCUCUUUUUUCCUUGUUGCUUUAUGUACUGUUGUUUCUAUUUGUGCUGGUGUAUGGCUGAGGCAUCACAAGGACGAUUUAGAUAUUAUCCCCUUCUACCACAGAAAAGACUACUCAGAAUCCAAAGUUGAGAACAAUAAUUAUUAUGGUUGGGGGUUGGAGGUAUUUUUUACAUUUCUUAUGUCAGUUAUUGUCUACCAAAUCAUGAUCCCUAUAUCACUAUACAUAGCUAUGGAACUAGUUCGUCUUGGUCAGGCGUACUUUAUGAUUCAAGAUUUCAUGAUGUUUGAUGAGUCCUCAAACUCAAGGUUUCAAUGUAGGACGCUUAAUAUAAAUGAAGAUCUGGGACAAGUUAAAUAUAUUUUCUCUGAUAAAACUGGUACAUUAACUGAGAAUAAAAUGGAAUUCCAAUGUGCUAGCAUUUGGGGAGUGGAUUAUGGAUGUGGAAAGUCCAGUCUUGAAGAGGAUCAAGUGGGAUACAGCGUUGAAGUGGAUGGACAUGUAUUAACACCCAAGAUGAAGGUAAAGGUUGAUGCAAAGCUUUUAAAAAUAUCAAAAAGUGGAAAGUGUAUAGCUGAAAGAAACCGAGUUAACGAUUUCUUUAUUGCAUUGGCUGCUUGCAACACUAUUGUUCCUAUCAUUGUGGAUACAUCUGAUCCUUCAGUUAAGUUGGUAGACUAUCAAGGAGAGUCUCCAGAUGAGCAAGCACUAGUAUAUGCUGCAGCAUCAUAUGGUUUCAUGCUUAUAGAAAGAACCUCUGGCCAUAUAGUAAUUGAUGUUCAUGGAGAAAGACAAAGGUUCAAUGUUUUUGGUAUGCAUGAGUUUGAUGGUGAACGGAAGAAGAUGUCAGUAAUAUUAGGUUGCCCAGAUAACUCAGUUAAGGCCUUUGUAAAAGGUGCUGAUACAACCAUGUUUAAAGCAAUUGAUAAAUCAUUUAACUUGGAGGUAGUUCAUGCAACUCAAAUGCAUCUAGAUUCUUAUUCCAGAAUGGGCUUGAGAACUAUUGUGGUGGGCAUGCGAGAACUGAGUGCCUCUGAAUUUGAAUUGUGGCAGUCCUCUUAUGAGUCAGCAAGCACUGCUAUGACUGAAAGGGCAGCUUUACUUCAAAAACUUGCUAACAGUAUUGAAAGCAAACUUACAGUUUUAGGUGCCUCUGGGGUUGAAGAUAAAUUGCAACAAGGUGUGCCAGAAGCAAUUGAGUCUCUAAGAACAGCAGGCAUUAAAGUGUGGGUUUUGACUGGAGACAAACAAGAAACUGCAAUUUCUAUUGGCUACUCUUCUAAGCUUUUGACAAUUGCAAUGAAGCAGAUUAUCAUUAAUAAGAACUCCAAGGAUUCAUGUAGGAGGAGUUUGGAAGAUGCUUUGUCCGAAUUAAACUCUGUAUCUGGUGUAAGUUCAGUUGCCUUGAUCAUUGAUGGAACAAGCCUUGUUUAUAUCCUUGACAGUGAGCUGGAAGAACAACUGUUCCAGUUAGCCAGUAAUUGCACUGUGGUACUGUGCUGUCGAGUUGCUCCAUUGCAAAAAGCUGGAAUUGUUGCCCUAAUAAAGAAGCGAACAGAUGGAAUAACUCUUGCAAUUGGGGAUGGUGCUAAUGAUGUUUCAAUGAUCCAAAAGGCUGAUGUGGGGAUUGGCAUAAUUGGCCAAGAGGGUCGACAAGCUGUUAUGGCGUCAGAUUUUGCGAUGGGCCAGUUCAGAUUCUUGGUCCCACUUUUAUUAGUUCAUGGGCAUUGGAAUUAUCAGAGAAUGGGCAACAUGAUAUUAUAUAACUUUUACAAGAAUGCAGUGUUUGUUCUUGUCUUAUUCUGGUAUGCACUUUUUACGGCUUUUACUUUAACUACUGCCAUCACUGACUGGAGUAGCAUGUUGUACUCUUUAAUCUACUCUUCACUUCCUACAGUAGCUGUUGGAAUUCUUGAUAAGGAUCUGAAUAGAAUGACGCUUCUGAAGUAUCCUCAACUUUACGGGGUUGGACAAAGAGAAGAAAGCUACAAUGCGAAAUUAUUUUGGGUGACAAUAAUGGACACAUUAUGGGAAAGUGUAGUUGUCUUCUUUCUGCCUCUCCUAGCUUAUUGGGGAAGUGAUAUUGACGGUUCAAGCAUCGGAGAUCUUUGGACACUUGCAGCUGUUAUUUUGGUUAACAUACGUUUAGCGAUCGAUGUGAUUCAAUGGAAUUGGAUUGUCCAUGCUACCAUUUGGGGAUCUAUUGUCGCAACUGUUAUUUGUCUAAUUGUCAUUGAUGCUUUGCCGUUUCUUCCUGGUUACUGGGCCAUUUUUCAUGCUGCAGGAGAGAGCGCAUUCUGGUUGUGCCUGCUCGGUGUUGUUGUAACUGCUCUCGUUCCUCGGUUCAUAGGUAAAGUUCUCGUGCAGCAUAUCUUCCCAUCCGACAUCCAGAUUGCAAGGGAAGAGGAGAAAUUCAGACACGCAAGGCAGCAUCAAAAUGCAGAGAUAGAACUGAGCCCAAGUUGUUAUCCUCCAUGAUGAUCAACUGUUCACAUUAGGUACUCACCAAAUUUUGUUGGUAUUUUUAGGAUUUGUUUGCUUGCUAUCUCAGGAUUCAAAAUUUUCUUCUAUAUUUAGGUCACCAUUCUUUGCAAUCAUGUGUUCUAACCAUUACAAUAAUGUUGUAAAUCAGUGAUGCCCACAACAAAUUAUUUGUUUAUAUGUACAAAUAAUGGAAAGACCAAAGAUGAGGUCUCAAU